AUGAAUUCAUGUAACCAAAGGAGAGCAGAGCCAAGGAAAUUGCCUUUAGAUGACAAGACCGCAUUAUCAGUAUUCAAACGAUCUCUGAAGUUUGACGGUGCUCCCUUUGAAGUCGCUCUUCCUUGGAAACGAGCUCCUUACCGUCCAGGCAACCGUUUGAUGGCCGUGUCGCGUCUAAACAACCUCGUGAGCUAUCUAACUAAGCAUCCAAAAUUGAAACUGAAGUACUGCGAGGCGAUGGAGGACUAUUAUUCUGAUGUGCAUGCUAUUCCUCUAUGCGAUUUUAGAGGACACUCUGACGAAGUCUGGUAUCCACCUCCUCACGCAGUGCUGCGUCCAAUGAAAUCCGAUAAAUUCAAGGUUGUCCUCGACUGUGCAGCCCAGUUCCCGAACGAUUCAUUGAACGGUAGUUUA